AUGGUGCGCUCCUACCUGCGUCAUGAGCCAACGUCGGCGUUUGGCCUGAUUUGUUCGGCCUCGUCCAACUCGAUACUUGAUCCCGACACCAAAACCGCUUUUGUACCAGCACUCGAAGAUGUCCUCGUGUGGGAUGUGCGAAGAGGCACGCUGCUUGCUACAUGGCACGAGAUCGGUCAUCGAUCUAAAGUGACUGCACUGGCAAGGUCUCCCUCCGAUCCCGACACAUUCGCCGUGGGUUACGAAGACGGCAGUAUCCGACUCUGGUCUGCCGAGACCAACUCUACCUCAGUCACCUUUAACGGCCACAAGAAAGCUGUCAUCGCCCUUGCCUUCGACACCCAGGGCCUACGAAUCGCCAGCGCCAGUCUCGACACCGACAUCAUUCUUUGGGACCUUGUUGCUGAGACUGGUCUCUACCGUCUCCGCGGCCACCGUGAUGCCGUCACUGCCAUCGCCUUUGUUCAGCUUCCUUCGACCUUGAUCAAUCCCGACGGCCCCUCCUCGUCCGCUGCCGUCCACAGCCAGUCCGACGCAGCCGGCUACCUUCUCAGUACUUCCAAAGACGGUCUCCUUAAGCUCUGGGAUCUCUCCUUGCAGCACUGCGUAGAGACUGUAGUUCAUGGCUCUGGCGAAAUUUGGAGCUUGGCAGUAUCGCAGGAUGUACCUCUAGCUAUGCAGGUCUCGACAAAGGGCAAACAGCCAGAUGAGGAUGACGAUGAAGCAGCAGAUCGCAACGCCAUCGCCGAUAGUGGUGCUUUGGUACUUACCGGAAGUGCCGAUGGUGACAUGAAAGUGUGGGAAAUUUCGGCAGAGUCACUAUCACGAGGACUGCAGACCGUCGACGGCGCCGAUGCCGCUGCUAAUGGCGCAUCCGAAAAGUUCCUUCUGCCAAGAGGUUCAGUUCCGUUAUCAGGCAAGCACCGCGUCACGCAGAUCGAGUUCUGUGGCGUUCCAAAGCGCCAGCGUACAGCCUCCACAGCAGCACCAGCUCACGGGCAGGGCUUCAUUGCAGUCUCCAGCACCGACAAAGCCGUCCAGGUGUUCCGACUUCGUUCGACUCAGGAGAUGGCCAAGAAGAUGGAGCGAAGGAGGAAACGUAACAAGGAAAAGGCUGAGAAGAAACGCGCCAAGGAAGGUGGUAAUUCGACCGCAGUCGAUGUUGUUGUGGAUGCAGUACCUGAUCAAGUGCAGUGGGCAGAUCGCAUCGAAGCAUACACCAACGUCCGACCCUUGGCUGGCAAGCUCAAGAGCUUUUCUCUCGUUACACCACGGACCAACUCAGCAGCAUCUAACAAGUUCGGCCUCAGUAUCCUCUGUGCUCUUUCUACCAAUGCUCUAGAGGUCUACAGUGUGCCAGCACCGCCCCGCUCAAAGGCGGAGAAAGCCAACCCCAUCGAGCCCGUCCUUGCAAGUGCGCUCGAAUCCGCCGGUCAUCGAUCCGACAUUCGUACUGUGGCUCUGUCUUCCGACGACAACCUCCUGGCUUCAGCAUGUGGAGCAGGUCAACUAAAGAUCUGGAACGUCAAGACUGGUCGAUGCGUUCGAACACUUCCGUGCGGCUACGCACUCUCAGUUGCAUGGUUGCCAGGAGACCAGCACGUUUUGGUCGGAUGCAAGGAUGGAACGCUUCGAAGCUUCGACGUUCGGGCAGGUAUUGCUGUAGAGACGAUCGAUGCGCAUCAAGGUCCACUCUGGAGCGUAGCCAUUCAGCCCGACGGUCUCGGCUGUGUCUCUGUCAGCGCUGAUAAGGAAGUUAAGUUUUGGGAGUUCGAGAUGCAGACGCCCGAGGAUGACAGCGAUAGCAACGAGGCAGAAGACAGCGGAGCAGCCAAUGGUCAGAACGGCGCGAGCAAGCCACAAGCACCACCGCAGCUCGCUCUGGUCCAUGUCCGAACGCUCAAGAUGACCGACGACGUUCUCUGCGCUCGCUUCUCUCCCAAUGGCAAGCUGCUUGCGCUUUCGCUCCUCGACAACACCGUCAAGGUCUUCUUUGCCGACUCGCUCAAAUUCUUCCUCUCUCUUUACGGUCACAAGCUGCCUGUCCUCUCGCUUGACAUUUCAACCGACAGCAAGCUCUGUGUCACUGUUUCUGCGGACAAGAACGUCAAGAUCUGGGGUCUCGACUUUGGAGACUGCCACAAGUCGAUCUUUGCACACAACGAGAGCAUCAUGGGCGUUUGCUUCGAGCGCGGACAGCAAGGUGGUGGUCUCAUGGGUGGUCGUCAGGGUGAUUCGCACCACUUCUGGACCGUUGGCAAGGACGGCCUGCUCAAGCACUGGGAUGGAGACCGCUUUCAGCUCAUUCAGCAGCUGGAAGGUCAUCAUGGCGAGGUGUGGGCGGUGGCGCCAGGCCACAGCGGAAAAGUAGUCGUGACAGCAGGUGCUGACAGGUCGAUCAGGACAUGGGAGAAGACGGACGAGCCACUCUUCCUGGAGGAAGAACGUGAGAGGGAGAUGGAGCGUGCCUUCGAAAGCGCAGGUCAGACCAGGCAGGAUGAAGAGCUUGCCAUUGGCUCCUUGGCUGAUGGCGCUAACCCCGACGCCGAGCGAGCAGUCGCGGCAGGACCUGAAGCUACAUCAGUCUCUAAGAGCACAUCCGAGACCAUGAUGGCGGGAGAACGACUUGUUGAAGCGCUCGAGACAGCCGAUGCCGACGUUGAAACACGCGACGCUGCACGAGCAGCUGGUCAGUCCGAACCCGCUUUCCACGCUCUCAUUGUCGCUGAGUUCGACGGCUCUGGCUCUCGAGGCUCUUUCGGCCGCUCACCUGUCGACGAAGACAUCAGUGCUCAAAAGUACGUCUUGCGCGUGGUGGAAAAGAUCCUUCCCGCUCAACUCGAUGACGCUCUACUCGUAUUGCCGUUCGACAAGGUCCUCUCACUAUUCAAGUAUCUCGACUACUGGGCCAGGAAGGAGUGGAACAUUCCACUCGUCUCGCGUGUUCUUUUCUUCCUUCUCCGAACGCACCACAAUCAGAUCGUCGCUAACCGUGUUAUGCGUCCCACCCUGCUCGACCUCAAAUCGCACCUCCGCCAAACACUGGCACAUCAGAAGGCCACCAUCGGAUUCAACCUUGCAGCACUCAAGUUCAUCAAAGCUCAGCAUGUUGCCAAGAAGACUUCUGAGAUCUACGAGCGGGAAGGUCUCGAUGUGGACGAGGACAAGGUCAAGGCCAAGAUCGAAGCCAACGCUGCCAGAAAGAGGAAGCUUCGCGUUGCUUGA